AGUGUUAAAUGGGACUUGUUAAAAGAUAUCAUAAAGCACAAAACUGAACAAAAUAUUUCCAUGUUUUUGUCAAGUACAGCUUCCCCUCCUCUGGCCCCCUCUUUCAACGCAGUCCAUAUGCAAAACGGUGGUCUCAGACUUCCGCCAUUCCCUCCUCGCCAGCAGAAUAACAUCAACAUGAUAGAGGCGCCCCAGAAUUACUUGAACGAGGAGCAAACAAGAGCGCUGAAAGAGAGCAUAUUUGCACAGCUAGAUACAUUUGAUUCAGAUCCUCCAUUCACGAUCCAACGCGUCUGCGAACUUUGUGUCGAACCUGAGAAGCAAUACAAGUCUAUUGGCAAAUAUCUUCGAGCGGUUGAGAAAUCUACACUGGUCACGUCAACAUGGGCAGAAUUUCCACCUCUUACGGAGCAGGAAAAAGAUGCAAAUCUACGGAGCAAAAUUUCUACAGGAUCUCAACCGCUAUCUAUACCAAAUACCCCGUUAUUCUCUCCCAUCCCAUUCCUACACAACGAUGCUCGACGAUCCAAAUCACGUAGCCCUCCACCAUCUCCACUUGCUCUAAGCUCCGCAGGUCCCGUAAGUGGCGGUCAUCCGGAGACGCUUUCCCUCGAGCCUGCGCCGCUAGGCUUAGUGGACGAGUUAGAUGACCCACGUCCAGGACAUAUGAGCGACCAUCCAACCGCAUUGAGUGCAGUGACUACUGUGGAUGAUGGGAAAGAAGGUACACCGAUUGUACAAAGUUUGGAAUCUAGGUUUGUGAAGGCGGAGGACGAAGAUAGCACGAUGGCCGUAGACGAGAAUAAGGAGAACCAAAGCACAUAA